AUAGUAGGAGUAGCUCAGAUCUAAGUAAAAAUCUGUGUCUUCUGUAGCUGUCUCUCUUUCAAAUUUGUCUUCCAGGGUAUUUGAGAUGAGGAGGUACAGUCCCCAAUACUAUAGUCCUCCAAGGAGAGGCUAUGGAGGUAGAGAAAGGAGUCCUCCAAGGAGGGGAUAUGGCGGUGGAGGGUACGGUAGAAGGAGGGAGCAGAAUCAUGGAAGCCUUUUGGUUAGAAACAUUCCCUUAGAUUGCAGACCAGAAGAACUUCGAAUUCCUUUCGAGAGAUUUGGGCUCGUUCGGGAUGUGUAUAUUCCUAAAGACUACUACACUGGGGAACCUCGAGGGUUUGCAUUUGUGCAGUUUGUGGAUUCUUAUGAAGCUGCAGAAGCUCAACGGCGCAUGAAUGGGAAACUAUUUGCUGGGAGAGAGAUAUCGGUUGUUGUUGCUGCAGAGACAAGGAAAAGACCUGAGGAGAUGCGCCAUAAAGCUAGGCUUAGAGGAUCUUCAGGCUAUGGGGGACGAUCAUCUUAUUAUGGACGUUCUCGGUCUCGUUCACUAUCCCCUAUGCACUCUCCUCACCAUCCUUCGGGUUCUAGAGGCCGAUAUCGUUCAAGGUCAUACUCCCCUGCUGCAAGACGACGAGGAAACUAUUCUGUUUCACCGGGUAGAAGGCAUGCAGACCAUCCAAGAUCUCCAAGAGGUCCUCCACAAGAGCGAGAUGGUGAUUACAAUCACAGAUCAUAUUCCCCAGGAUAUGAUAAUGCUGGUGGCAAUGGUUAUGGCGAGAAGUCUGCAUAUGAGUCCGAGGAAGCUCGUGCUGCAUGGAGGUCACCGCCUGGUAGAGUGUCAAGGUCCCCCUCUGGGUCCAGAUCAAGGUCUGCUGACCUGCACCCAGGCGUAGCAGAUAAGCAAGUAGGCGACCGAAGGAACUAACCUUUGGUUUUAUAUGCCAUUAAUCAGAUGGUGGAUUCUGUAGUAAUAGGCUUGUGUGCUAUCAUAUAAAAACGAUAAUGUAGUGUAUUGGAUGGAUGGGAACUCCUAAAUUUGUGGCUUGAUUUCUUGUUUAUUACAUCUAAACUCUGAUGAAACUACGAUGACGGUUUGAGUUUUCUCUUUUGUUAUCAAUACCCAAGUUCAUUAUUCUGCUGAA